CACAUGUGUGUAUGUUAGAAACUUAAUCAUGGCUGGCUCGUUUUCACAGGAGCUCGAGGAGUUAUUGAACCCUUUGCCUAAAUUCGCUGAUCCAGAGGAUGAUGGUGACGAGGCGACCAAAGCCAGAGUCACAGAGAGAUCCCAUGAGGACGAUCAUGAUGAUGAUGAUGAUGAAGUCGGCCUCAGUGCUCUGCGGAAGCACAACACAGAUUUGCUCACAGAGACAGACAGAAGGUACGUGGGGAAGAGAGUCUCUCGUAAACAACUGCUGAUGGACAUUGAGGGAUCUGGUGCAGAAGAUGACGAUGAUGAUGAUGAUGAUGAGGCGGAGGAGGAUGAGGAGGGUAGCAUGGAAGAAGAAGAAGAUGACGAAGAGUUAGAGGAUGACUUGGAAGAUGAAGAAGGCACAAAUAAACUGUCAUCUAAAAUGAAAAGCGGUGACAUGUUCCCUCAGGGAGUGGACUUUCAUAAACUGACAGAGGGUAUGGACGACCUUGGAGUAAGUGAGGAAGAUGAUGAUGACAGUGGUGAGGAGGAUGAGGGCAGUGAUGAAGGCUCUGAUGAUGAUGAUGAUGAGAUGGAAGACGAAGACGGCGAGGACGAAGGAGCCGUCCGCACCUUCUCCAAAGAGAAAGUGGACGAAGAGGUGGAGAAGGGGAAUUCUGUGAAGAACCAGCUGGCGUUGUGGGACCAACUGCUCGAGGGUCGGAUCAGGAUCCAAAAAGCUCUGAUGACCACCAACCAGCUUCCACAGCCGCAGACGUUGCCUGAGUUUAAAAGGCAGGGUGGAGCUGAGUUUGCGGGGGCACUGAAGAACACCCACAAGGCUUUAAAAGCUCUGCAGAGAUCCCUGCUGGAGCUUCACGAUCAGGUGCUUUACCAGAACCCAGACACCAAGACCAUUGCUCUGGGGAAACCUGAAGGAGCCCAGAGUGAAGAUGAGGAGAUCAACAGCGAUGAGGACGAAGAGGAGCCCAUGAAGGAGGAAGGACCGCUCAAACGAAAACUGGAGAUGGCUGAAUACCCGGACUUCAUGGCUAAACGCUUUGCUGCCUUCCAGCCAUACUGCAAUGCCACAUUGCAGAAGUGGCAUGACAAAACCAGACUGACCAUGGGCAAGAGCACCAAGGGUUUCGGGGCAUUUGAUAGGAACAUAUUGACCCAGGUGGAGCAGGUACUGAUGGACCAUGAGAGGUUGGUACGGCGUACUCAAACCAAACGCUCAGAUUAUAGAGUGCUGGGGAAAAAAGAGGCCUCCACUAUCACCUCCGAGACCGUCCCCGAAGAGGGCGAAGAGGCCGAGCAGAAGCUGAAGGCGAACGCUCACCUGAAAGAUCUGGACGAGGAUUUAUUCGACGACGACGACUUCUACCACCAGCUGCUGCGAGAGCUCAUCGAGCGCAAGACAAACGCGGCUGACCCCAACGACCAGGUGGCCAUGGGCAAGCAGUGGCUGGCCAUCCAGAAACUACGCAGCAAGAUCAAGAAGAAGGUGGACACCAAGGCCAGUAAGGGACGCAAAGUCAGGUUCCACAUCCACAGUAAACUGGUCAACUUCAUGGCUCCUGUAGACCACAGCUCGGUCAGCGACGAGGCACGCAACGAACUGUAUCGGGGCCUUUUCGGUCAGAACUCUACAGUUAGGGAGUGAAGUGUUCAUCAUGUGGAGAACAGAUGCCAGGGUGUUAGCAAAGUAGAGCUUUCUCUACAUACCCAGGAGUGGUGCCAAGCAGCAGUUUGGAUUAGGACUGUCGCCUGCUCUAUGUCAAGGGUUCUUCAGGACUGAGUGGAAGAGUUAUGGUGCUCUGAUGGGACUAAACUGGGUCACUGGGCAAACACAAGUUCUUUAAUGAAUAUCUUUUUUUACUGAGUUAUAUUUUCAGUAUGUUUUUACCUCAGGACCAAUCUGUGGUCUAAUGUAAUAUGUAA